AUGUGCACGGAGGAGAAGGAGAUGUGUCCCUUAUGUAUGGAACCGAUGGAGGCAGAUGACAUCUCAUUUUACCCGUGUGAUUGCCGGUACCAGGUAUGCCGGUUUUGCUGGGCUAAGAUAAUUAACGAGGAAAAUGGGCUUUGUCCAGCUUGUCGGAAGGAAUAUAAUUCAGAAAAACCGGCAUCUUACAAACCUAUUUCGGAGACUGAGGAAUCUCGUUGUAGGUCUAGUAGAAGACGCAAGGAUUAUAUAAAGAAGACAAAGCUUAAUCCAGAAAUGCUCAAAAUCCUCCCAGAGUUAAGAGUUGUUCAGCCAAAUCUGAUAUUUGUGGUCGGUUUACCUACAUGGAUCUCAAAGGAUAAGGAAAUACUUAAAGGUCAGAAUUAUUUCGGUCGUUAUGGGAAAAUUUUUAAAGUGGAAGUUAAUCAAAACCAAACUUUCGGUGGACCACAGGGUCAACCUAGUUUUAGUGCUUAUAUAACAUAUUAUCGGGCUGAGGAUGCCAUGCGGUCUAUAAGGGAUCUUAAUCAGAGCACUUUACAUGGAAGACCAAUCCGUGUAUCACUCGGAACUACAAAGUACUGUAGUCAGUUUUUAAGGGGCACGAAAUGCACCAAACAUGAAUGCAUGUACUUGCAUGAACUCGGUGAUUCAGCUGCUAGUUUUACUAAAGAAGAAAUGCAAGCUGGAAAGCAUACUGAAUACAUGAACAAGUUGUUGCAAGAUUUCUGUCAGUCUAAAUCAUAUUCACUUGAUUCACAAAAGGAAGAAACAACUAUCUUAGGUUCACUAGAUUCUUCUGUCUCAAGUCCCAAUGAUGCUUCAGUACCUCAUACCAGUGAAUCAAGCAGCUACUCAAAUGGACGUAAUCGCUUCAGAUUUGAAGACACAUCCAUGCUGUCUGUAGAAAACUCGGGCGUGCAAGUUUCAGAUCGAUGCACUACACAGUCUGAUCAAACAAGUGCAUCACUUAAGGAGAUUCGUAAAUUAAGGCAUACUAAUAAAGAUAAUUCAAAUGCUGUCUCAGUUUCCGAUACCUCAUUGGCUGAUAAAUCUAAACUAAAUUAUAAUAAUUCUAACAAACCGAGUAGUUGGAAUCAUUCGUCAUCAAUUUCAUCAUCAGAUUAUCCAACUAGAAAGCUCGGGAAAAACUCAUUUGGUACUUUUCAUUUCAAGAAUUCGUCUGAAAAUACAAAUACAGAUAAAUCAUACGUAGAAGGAACUAAAGGUAACCAUGUCCGGCACCAUAAUUCCACCCAGAAUCGGAUUUUGUUGCCUCGCUCUAUCCCAUCUAAUCAAGUAUCUACACGUACUGAGCCUAUUUGUACCAGCAGUAAUGGCUGUCACCGUACAUGGUGUCGUCCAAAUCCAGAGAAUUCUUCAAAUACCCAACCUCUGUUAGGAGAUGAACCCGCAGAUAUUGAUUUUGACCCCUUUCGAGAAUCUCAGCAAGGUUUAGCUGAACUUUUAGCUGCUGAAGUUUCACGUCUUAAUGUAUCUGAACCUCUGUUCAGUCAUCGUGUUUGCUUAACCAAUGGAUCUUCAGUUGGCAUUUCUCACUGUCCAAGUGAACCACAAUCCUCAAGUUUAGACACUAGGCUUCCUCAAGCUAAUUUUAGUCUCAAUUCUGCACAAGCUGAAAAACUGCGUUCCUGGUACUCUAAUAUAGUAUCACAUAACAGAAGCAACCAUGUUGAUCCAAACAAGUCAUUUAACGUGAGUCCAAAUACUUUCUCUAAUCUUUAUCCUCCGCCGGGUUUUGAAGAGGCUGUACAAGGUCACGACCAGUCUUCGGAUGGUCAGUUUUUGACAUCUAAAACAGAUAUAUUAAACUCCAAUUAUCCAGAAUUAUCAUACUCAUGUCCUGAAAGCUUUGGAUAUAGCAACAACGUACGUAGCACAAAUGGAUCGUUGCUACAGUCGUGUGCUUUUCCUUGUAGUCUUCCUUUUACAGGCUCUACAGAAAAAUUGAUGACAACUGAUAAUUGGAUACAGGCUAAAAAGGUAUCCGAUCACAAUGCUAUCUAUUCAGACACUUUAUUUUCGUCCAUUCCUGCUGUGCUACCCGAUAUUAGUAACGCAUUAAAACAAGAUGAUUUACCUCCACACUUAUCUAGUCAGUUCAUGACAAACAUAUUUAAUGCUGUUUUAAAUUCCCAAUCAAGUAUGAAUAAUAAUGAAUCAACUGGAACACAUGACAAAUCCUCAACAAAAUCUUCAGCUUCUAUGUUUGACUUCAGUCAGUUUGUUAACCAUCUUUAUCAUCAAUCCUCUGGGUUCUUAGAUAUAAAUGCCCAUAAUCCUAAUCAGUGGUCUACUAGGGUCAAUAUACCAUUUGCUUGUACACAAAAUGAGGUUUUAGAUGCUUCUAUUUAUUCAAGUUCAUUAGCACCAAUGUCCAACACAUUAACUUUUGGAAAAUAUGGAUCUAAAAUGUGUUCUCUACCUAAUAGCAAUGACUAUCAACAACAUCAGAAGAUGACCUUUAGCACAAAUAAUAAUAAUACUAAUACUAAUAAUAGUAGUUUCUGCUGCAACACAGGCCUAACCGAUAUGGAUUCCCAUCCUACUUCAACUAAUUCAGCUUCCUCAUUUACAUGGCAACUCGACGAUCCCGCCAUUUUAUCCAGUCGGUUAUCAUCUUCAAAUUCUACAGUGAAAAAUAAUCAAAUCUCAUCUACAGAUUUACUUGAACAAAUUUGGCGAACCACUCCACAUUUCCAAUCAUUUUUUGACCCAUCUUUAGCUUCCACCGCUGCCGCCGCCUCCUCUUCCUCAUAUAUUUCACAAUCAGGAGUGAAAAAUCAAUCAAGACAACAACCAAUACCACCGACGGGAGAUACAAUGAUUCAUCCUUCGUCUCACUCUCAACUAAAAGAAUGA